UUAAAAAAGGAAGUCUCUUAAAGGUUGCAGUUUGUAUCCUAUACAGCCUUUGUAACUUGGAUCAUGGUGGUCAAAUGUGUUUUCCUUUGGUGAUUCUAUGUCGUCAUUCGUGUAAGCGUCUCCCAUGGGAAGUCCUUCGAGCGUUGUUAUGAAACUACUAAAGCAGCUUCAGCCUAAUUUUGAUAUCUCAUGAACAUUGCCUAAUCUCCCAUGUUUUUGUUUGAACUAUGUUUAUGUUAUUUUACUCUUCAUUCCAUUCAUUGAUACUUUGUGUCACGAUAAUUUGUGGAGCGAGAACCACUUUCCCUUGGAUCAUUGUUAAACCCUAAGAGCUUGAAAGGACUAUUGCAGAGUAAAAAUGAGCCUUAUACUCGUAUAAAAAGCAAACAUACAGUCACAACAAGCCAACUGUAGAGAAUGAAUAAGAACAACUGUUUUUUCACAAAUGGUUCGACCUUAUAGAUCUUAAAACAAAGUGAAGCUCAGUUGUAUAGUCAGGCUGUUGUUAUUGUGUUUAAUAAAAGGUUAAAAAAGAUGUUAUCCACAUACCAUAAAUAGCUUACUUUCUUAUCUAGGUCGUGUCGUGUAUAAUCGUUAUGUCAGUUCCUGUCUCAUUUUUUGGAAUCACUCAUACUAACCUCGACUUUUAGCAUUCAAAAAUUAUCCAAUUGCGUUACAUGCGUAUCACUCACUUUCAUAGAUACUAUGUGUGGAAGACGAUCCUAACUGGUACCUAGCCGAACAGGAAGGCCGAACAGGUUUAAUACCGUGCAAUUACAUCACAAUGCGUCCUCACCCUUGGUACAUCCGACACUGUAGUCGUAUGGAAGCCGAAGAAAGACUUCAAGAAAUUGAUCAAGAAACAGCACAACAUUUGCAACCAGAUGGAGCUUUUAUAUUGCGUCAAAGUGAAGCAGACGGUAAAGGAUUUAGUUUGUCUGUCAAACAAGGUUGUGAAGUUCUUCAUUUUAAAGUACUUCAAGACGAAGCUGGAAAAUAUUUUUUCUGGUUAUCUAAAUUUGAUUCCAUUAACCAAUUAAUUGAUCAUCAUCGAAAGACAAGUAUAUCACGUAAUCGUUUAUUGACUUUGGUUGAUCUUGUCCCAUCUAAGCGUUUCCCUACUAAUGUACGAAAAUAUCAACUUGAUCGAGUUAUAGCCCGGUUUGAUUUCGAGACCAAAGGUGCCGGUGAAUUAUCUUUACAUCGUGGUGAUGUUAUCGAAGUGAUUAAUCGUAAUGAUGAAAAUUGGUGGCGUGGUCGUACAUCCGAUGGACGAUGUGGCCUAUUUCCAUCAAAUUUUGUAGAUGAUUUACCUUCAGUCAUAUAA